CGGGCGCUGUGCUGUGGCAGCCCAACUCCAGCUAGCGUGGAGGGAAUCUUCGGGAGCCUCCCUUCACCCCCACUUCUGGGGUCACUGCCAAUCAGGCAGGCCAGGUUCAGACGCGCUUUGUUGGGUGGUCCCACUGCCCACUCCUUCCAUAACUGGGGGCUGAUGCCCCACAACCCUCAGGAGAAGAGCCAAGCCUAUCUCCGCCGCCGCCCUGGGAGCCACACAGACCCUAAGAGUCCCAAGACGAUCGCAGGCACAGCUAUGUACACCUUCUUGCCUGAUAGCUUCUCUCCUGCCAAGCCCAAGCCAUCCAAAGAGCUGAAACCACUGAUAGGCUCCGCCGUGCUGGGGCUGCUGUUGGUGUUGGCUGCGGUGGUGGCCUGGUGCUACUACAGCGUUUCUUUACGCAAAGCAGAACGCCUGCGCGCCGAGCUGCUGGACCUCAAUCGAGGCGGUUUCUCCAUCCGCAACCAGAAGGGUGAACAAGUCUUCCGACUGGCCUUCCGCUCGGGCAUGCUGGACCUUGAUUCCUGCAACCGCGAUGGUGCCCUGCUCGGCUGUUCUCGCACAGCCGAUGGGCGCCCGCUGCACUUCUUUAUCCAGACUGUGAGGCCCAAGGACACGGUGAUGUGCUACCGUGUGCGCUGGGAAGAGGCAGCUCCGGGGCGCGCAGUGGAACAUGCCAUGUUCCUGGGCGAUGCCGCGGCACACUGGUACGGUGGUGCUGAGAUGAGGACUCAGCACUGGCCUAUCCGCCUGGACGGCCAGCAGGAGCCACAGCCCUUUGUCACCAGUGAUGUGUACUCCUCUGACGCCGCAUUUGGAGGCAUCCUCGAACGCUACUGGCUGUCAUCGCGUGCAGCUGCCAUCAAGGUGAACGACUCAGUGCCCUUCCACCUGGGCUGGAACAGCACUGAGCGCUCGCUGCGGCUGCAGGCACGCUACCAUGACACUCCCUACAAGCCACCUGCCGGCCACUCCGCAGCACCAGAGCUCAGUUACCGUGUGUGUGUCGGCUCCGAUGUAACUUCGAUCCACAAAUACAUGGUUCGACGCUAUUUCAACAAACCGUCAAGAGUGCCAGCACCUGAGGCCUUCAGGGACCCCAUCUGGUCCACAUGGGUGCUGUACGGGCGUGCCGUGAACCAGGACAAAGUGCAGCGUUUCGCCCAGCAGAUCCGCCAGCACCGAUUCAACAGCAGCCACUUGGAAAUAGAUGACAUGUACACACCUGCCUAUGGAGACUUCGACUUCGACGAGGCCAAGUUUCCCAAUGCCAGUGACAUGUUUCGCCGUCUGCGCGACGCCGGGUUUCGCAUCACGCUCUGGGUUCACCCGUUUGUGAACUACAACUCUUCGUGCUUUGGCGAGGGCGUAGAACGUGAACUGUUCGUUCGCGAACCCACUGGCCGGCUGCCCGCGCUUGUGCGCUGGUGGAAUGGCAUCGGUGCGGUGCUGGACUUCACACGCCCCGAGGCUCGUGACUGGUUCCAGGGACACCUGCGGCGGCUGCGCUCCCGCUAUGCUGUGGCCUCCUUCAAGUUUGAUGCAGGAGAGGUCAGCUAUUUGCCACGGGACUUCAGCACCUACAGGCCACUGUCUGACCCCAGCAUAUGGAGCCGACGCUACACUGAAAUGGCGCUGCCCUUCUUCUCUCUGGCAGAGGUCCGCGUGGGCUACCAGUCACAGAACAUCUCGUGCUUCUUCCGCCUAGUGGACCGCGACUCGGUGUGGGGCUAUGAUCUGGGGCUUCGUUCGCUCAUCCCCGCGGUGCUCACCGUCAGCAUGCUAGGCUACCCAUUCAUCCUGCCCGAUAUGGUGGGUGGAAACGCAGUGUCUGAGCGCACAGUGGGUGGUAGCGAAGUGCCAGAACGUGAGCUCUACGUGCGCUGGCUGGAGGUGGCUGCCUUCAUGCCCGCUAUGCAGUUCUCAGUCCCACCGUGGCAAUAUGACGCCGAAGUGGUGGCUAUUGCGCACAAGUUUGCCGCGCUGAGGGCCUCACUUGUAGCACCGCUAUUGCUUGAGCUGGCUGGUGAGGUCACCGACACAGGCGACCCCAUUGUGCGCCCCCUCUGGUGGAUUGCCCCAGGCGAUGAGACAGCACACCGCAUCGACUCUCAGUUCCUUAUCGGAGACACGCUGCUGGUGGCACCAGUACUGGAGCCAGGCAAGCAGGAGCGAGAUGUCUACCUGCCCGCAGGCAAGUGGCGCAGCUAUAAGGGUGAGCUUUUUGACAAAACCCCAGUGCUGCUUACUGAUUACCCUGUCGACCUGGAUGAGGUUGCCUACUUCAUCUGGGCAUCCUGACCCAAACCCAGGACCCAGGAACCCCACAGCCCUAACCUCUGUCUUCAUGCAGGCCUUUAACCCUCCAUCACUACAACACCGUGCAUCCCCAGGAAGUCCCCACCUCUGCAGUUCCCACUAAGUGGGUGCUGACAUAAAUGUGCUCCAGCCUGCUCCUGUAGGGCCAGGUGAGGGGGCGCUGAAGCAACUUCCCAUUUCAACGCACAGUCCUAAAGACACUCUUUCCCUCCAUGUUCACUGCAGUCUGCAGAAGCCUCCUGAAGUGGGAGCGAGAGAACUCAGAGGUAAAAUGCCAGCUCUCCUCCUAUUUCACAUGAUUGUGUUUUAAAAGCACAGAGAGAAACCUUACCAUCCCUCCUGGCCUGAAUGGCCAUCUUUGUCCUUCUGAGGUAGGGACUUGAUCCUCUUUAAUGUCCCCAAAUAGCUCCCUGCCACACUUAGAAGGGCACAUUCUUGGUGUUGGAAGCCAGGCCCUGAGUUCCCAGCACUGACUUGAAGCGUGCUGACCUAGUCAUACUCCAUCUAAGGAGAUGGGAUGGAGGUGUCUGGCCAACAGACGACGAGGAAGGAGGUCCCAUCCCAGAGGGCAGGAGGACUGGGCAGAGCACUGAGCCAUCAUUGUUGUCCCUCAUUUGUGAAGAGACUCCUAAUGCUGCACUUACCCAUCUAUGUAAACACAUGGGCUCAGCCCUGGAUUGGGGCCAUGGCCUAAUGGGUAAGGACUUGCAAGGCCGUGCAGGCCCAACUUGGUGCCUUAACUCAAGAACCUGUGUGUGUGUGUGUGUGUGUGUGUGUGUGUGUGUGUGUGUGUGUGUGAGAGAGAGAGAGAGAGAGAGAGAGAGAGAGAGAGAGAGAGAGAGGCAGGCACCAUGUGUUCCUGGAUAAGCUGGAUAAGCCUGGAAGGAGCGGACAGGAGGCAAACUUGAGGUUUUGAUUGUUGAGCUGGCCUUCUCCUGGUUGAUGUCCCUGGGGCUGUAGUAGGAAAUAAACAGCCCUUUCAAGAUUUCUCAGCUGCCUCACUCCCUGCAUACAUGGCAGGGGUGUGGCCUAAAAGGGAGCAGUGUUCUUUUUCUGGUGGUGGUGUGCUUUGGCAGGUGAACUACAUUUGCACAUCAACACCUGUAAAUACACAUACAGGGUAAGUUCUUUCAUUUCAGCCAUUUUCCCUUUCUAAGAAGAGCAACCUCAGCCAGAGUAAAUCUCCUUGACUUUGCAGCUGAGUCUGAAGAAGUGGCUUGCCAGAGUGGGGAGGUAGGAAACAGGGCAGGGCUCAAGAAUGCAUCAUUUUGUCCAUUCCCCCACCCCUUCUGUUUCCCCAGUGUGAAGAAUACCUAAUGAAAGUUUGGGGGCACUCACAGAUAUCCAUCUCAAGUGCUGAUUCUACCACUUGUCCACAAGCUGUGUGAUUUUAAGCAAGCUGCUUAACCUUAUUGAACCUCAGUUUCCUCAUAUGUAAAAUGGUGAUGAUAAUGCCUACCUCCCAGAUUAUUGUGGCAAUUCUAAGCACAGAUGUAUGUAAAGUGCCUGGCACAAGUAGGUGCUCAAUAAAAGGUAGUUAUUACACUA